AAUAAAUAAAUAAAUAUUCUUUUCUUUUCUUUGCUUACAAAAUUACUUCUCUCUCUCUCUGUAGCCGUUCAGCUGGCCAAUUCAGCUUGGAACUCGUCAACCAGAGCUCCUUCACUUUGAUUUCUCAUCCUCUCUUUCUUUAUUUCUUUCUAUAUAAAUUCUAGCUCCUCUUCUUCUUACAUCACUUCAAAAACAAUAUGGAUUGCUUGGUCUUGCCUGCUGUUUCACUCUUAAGAAAGCGCUCCACAGGGUCCCGGCUAGGCUACCAGCCAUUAAAAGACGAUGGAUUCGUCGGGGAUUUCAACCGGCCGGUGACGGUUGUGGUUGGAAAAGAGAAAAGGGAGUUCUUGGUUGAUCCUUUUGUAUUGGAAGAGAGUCCAUUUCGUGUUCUGAUAGAAACAGUCGUGACAAGAAAUGAUCACAAACAACGACAACAAGAAGAUAUGAAGAGAAGAGAAAAGAGAUCUGUGAUAUUUGUGGAUGUUGAUGCGAUUCUGUUUGAGCAUAUGCUGUGGCUUCUGUAUAAUGAUUGUUCUUCUUUGUUUGAGCUUAAUGUUAAAGAGAUUAUUGACUUCUAUGCUCAAGAUUACUAGAGAGAAAAAAGAUGAAGAAGAAGAAGGUAUACUUUUAAUUAGUCUUUCUUCAUGAAUUUGAAGAUUUUAUUAUGUCCAUGAUUAUUCAGAUUAUUAGAUUAAUAUAGAAUAAUCUAGUGAUUGAAUGCAUGUAAUUUCAUGAAAAUUCCAUUACAUGUGUAUACAGAUAAAUCUAAUUUUAUAUUCAAAUG